UAGUAUUAUGAAGUAAUAAAGAGUCCUCAAAAAUGUUUAUUAUAAAAACAUAUCGUACCAGGAAAAUGGAGACAGCAAUUUAUUGAAAAUCGGAAAAAAUGUGAAAAUCACAAUUUUUCAGUCAAACCAUGGGUAAAUUUCCCAUGGGAUUUGGGUCUCAAAAUUUGGUGUAUGGAUUCCUAGUAUUAUGAAGUAAUAAAGAGUAAUCCAAAAAUAUUUAUUAUGAAAAAAUAGAAACAUAUUAUACCAGGAAAAUGGAGACAGUAAUCUAUUGAAAAUCGGACAAAACUGGGAAAAUCACAAUUUUUCAGUCAAAGCAUGGGUAAAUUUCACAUGAGAUUUGGGUCUCAAAAUUUGGUGUUUGGGCUCCUAGUAUUAUAAAGUAAUAAAGAGUCCUACAAAAAUGUUUAUUAUGAAAAAAUAGAAACAUUUUAUACCAGGAAAAAGGAGAUGGCAAUUUAUCGAAAAUAGCAAAAAAUCAUGAAAUAACCGAAUUUUUCAGUCGAAGCGUGGGUAAAUUUCCCAUGGGAUUUGGGUCUUAAAAUUUGGUGUGCAGGUGUUUUAGGUCAUGGACAACAGUAAGUCAAAUGAGGAAGAUGAUCCGAAAGAAAGUUGGUUUUUCGCCAUAUUUUGGACCACCCUAAUGUCCAUGGUAGAAUGACCACAAUGAUUGUGUUUAUAGAGAAUGUCCAUGGUAGAAUGACCACAAUGAUUGUGUUUAUAGAGAAUGUCCAUGGUAGAAUGACCACAAUGAUUGUGUUUAUAGAGAAUGCCCAUGGUAGAAUGACCACAAUGAUUGUGUUUAUAGAGAAUGUCCAUGGUAGAAUGACCACAAUGAAUGUGUUUAUAGAGAAUGUCCAUGGUAGAAUGACCACAAUGAUUGUGUUUAUAGAGAAUGUCCAUGGUAGAAUGACCACAAUGAUUGUGUUUAUAGAGAAUGUCCAUGGUAGAAUGACCACAAUGAUUGUGUUUAUAGAGAAUGCCCAUGGAAGAAUGACCACAAUGAUUGUGUUUAUAGAGAAUGUCCAUGGUAGAAUGACUACAAUGAUUGUGUUUAUAGAGAACGUACAUGGUAGAAUGACCACAAUGAUUGUGUUUAUAGAGAAUGUCCAUGGUAGAAUGACCACAAUGAUUGUGUUUAUAGAGAAUGUCCAUGGUAGAAUAACCACAAUGAUUGUGUUUAUAGAGAAUGUCCAUGGUAGAAUGACCACAAUGAUUGUGUUUAUAGAGAAUGCCCAUGGUAGAAUGACCACAAUGAUUGUGUUUAUAGAGAAUGUCCAUGGUAGAAUGACUACAAUGAUUGUGUUUAUAGAGAACGUACAUGGUAGAAUGACCACAAUGAUUGUGUUUAUAGAGAAUGUCCAUGGUAGAAUGACCACAAUGAUUGUGUUUAUAGAGAAUGUCCUACAAUCACCGUGAGUGUUUAUAGAGAAUGUAAGCUGUGACUAGAGCUGCGCUGGCAAAUAUUCCUAAGAACUGUCCCAUUGGAGUUCCAAAAUAUUCACUGAUUGCUUCC